GUUAUUACCAGCUAUAACUGACAAUCACAUAGAAAGUCAGCGGAUCAUUAGACAGAGCGGAGUGAAAGGAAACGCUGCAGAAAAGAUCACAGAGGAGAACAUCUGGAAAUAAAGAGAGACAAUGCUUCCACAACUGGUUCUGCUCACAGUCCUUGGGCUCACAUGGACUAAAGUAACUGGACUGCCUUGCACUCAGAUGUUUCCCUCUCAGCUUCCCCCUUCAAAUGUUAACAUCGUUAAACCGUCAGAUGUGGCUGUGCUUUCCUCCGUUGGACUUCAACCUCACAGCCCUGAGCUGACUGCGCUGGUAUCAAGACUCAGAGAGCUGAUGACCCAGUUCAACCCUGCACUCAUCAGUCCUCCUCCACACGAAACAAACCUGGACGCCUCUCGGUUCGUUCAACACACCACGCUGGUGGAGCAGGCGAAGGGACUGUCCCUCUCCUUCCAAAACAGUCAGGUCAUUGAUUUGGAUAACGAUUGGAAGCUGGUCCUUCUCUUUGUUCAAGUGGAUCAGCGGUGUGCUUGUGAGCGGCAGCAGUUUCAGUCUGUUAUCAAAGCCGUGGUUGGAGAGGUGGAUGAUGCUCUGCAGCUGCUGCACUCUGAGCUGAAGCGAGCCAUUGUCAGUGUUGCAUUGUGGGUUGGAGAACAUGACAACUUCCACAACAAUGAGAGGAUAUGUCGAUGCACAGAGACGAAUAAUGAAGGAGAGGCCAGGCUUCGGGGGGCCAUGCUUAGUCACGCUCUGCAGGAGUCUUUGGAUGAGCUUGUGAUAAAGAGGCGUUGGUACGGGGACAGAGACGACUUCGCUGUCGUUGUGCAGGACACGCCUUUCAUCACAGGCCCUUCUUCCGUCUCCAUUGGGGAGCCUCCCUCUGCGCGGCGAGCAGCACAACAAGCUGAUAAACUGAUGUUGCAGAUGUGGACAAACCUGCUGCAGCCCGUGAGUGGCCAACAUAAGACAGAAGAAAACAUUAUUGCAUUGCUUUGUCCGGCUGAGGACCGACCAUUCCUGAGGACGGAGGGAAACUCUCCUUCAUAUCCUCAUAUAGACGUCUCUCCUCUCGUCCAGCCAUUUACAGGCACAGAGAUGCCCUGCGAGGACCUCAGUCCCUCACCCUCCACACCCGCCUCAGUGCAUGAACUCAGGCCUGGAGAUAUCAAAGUGGUGGCUGCAGUGGGAGACUCUCUGACAGCGGGGAAUGGUAUCACAUCCGGCCCCAAUCAAAUCCUGGAUGUCUUGACCCAGUACAGAGGUUUAUCCUGGAGUAUUGGUGGAGAUGAAAACCUCACAACUGUCACCACGCUGCCCAACAUCUUAAAACAUUUCAACCACAACCUGACGGGCUAUUCUGUUGGAAAGGGCAAGCAGCAAACGCCUCAGGCUUUCCUCAACCAAGCUGUAGCGGGAGCUAAGAGCAGCGGGAUACCAUCACAAGUUCAGGCCCUGGUGGCAAGGAUGAAGAACGAUUCUAGAAUCAACUUUGAAUCAGAUUGGAAGUUGAUCACCCUUUUCAUUGGUGGAAAUGACGUCUGUGACCAUUGCUCCAACUCCCAACUUCAUUCUCAAGAGAAUUUUAUUCGUUAUGUUCGAGACAGCCUGGAUUAUCUACACAAAGAGGUGCCUCGAGCUCUGGUGAAUUUAGUAGAGCCGCUCCGUAUAACGCCUCUGAGAGAAAUGCACAUUGACACUUCACUUAAAUGUCCAACUUGGCUGGUGAAUAUUCUGUGUCCUUGUGUAAUUUUGCCAAAGCCCGACUCCGAAGCUCUCCAAAUGGUGGAGGACAUCAAUAGAGGCUAUCAGCGUUCACUGCAUGGUCUUGUGGAAUCAAGCCGGUACGACACUCGGCCAGACUUCACUGUGGUCAUCCAGCCGUUCUUAAGAGACAUCGUUGUCCCCAGACUGCCCGAUGGACGAGCAGAUCGAUCUUUCUUCAGCGCUGACUGCUUCCAUCUCAGCAGGAAGGCCCAGACGCUGAUGGCUCGCUCCCUCUGGAACAACAUGCUAGAACCUCUGGGCUAUAAGACUACCAAAGAAGAUUUUUCUGCAGCCACUGUGCUGGAAUGUCCAACCAAGGCUUCACCAUAUAUCCGGACCUAUAAAAACAGCAAUUACAACUAUGCUGGUCCUUCUCCAACACCAGGACCCAUCACAAACUGGGGGAAUGAUUUCUCAUGUGCGGACAUUGCUCCAUCUGACACAGUGCCAACUUCAGUUCACAAGCUGAGACCAGCAGACAUCAAGGUGGUGGGAGCACUGGGAGACUCCUCGACGGCAGGCACGGGCGCUAAGGCAAAGAACCUGUUUGACCUGAGUAAAAACUAUAAAGGAGUAUCAUGGAGCAUUGGGGGAGAUAAUACUCUGGAGACGGUCACAACACUACCAAACAUCUUGAAGAAGUUCAAUCCUUCCUUAAAGGGCUUCUCCAAAGGCCAGGGCUCCAUAAAGCAGGCCUUCAACUUAGCUUCACCUGGAGCUAAGGCCUCAGACAUCCCAAAACAAGUCCAAGGUCUUAUCAAGGCAAUGAGAGAAAAUAAGGAGGUGAAUUUCGAGAUGGACUGGAAAAUUGUGACAAUAUUUGUUGGAGGAAAUGAUCUUUGCAAUUACUGCAUGGAACAAAAUAAUUUGUUGCCCAAGAACUACAGCCAGAAUAUAAUGCUCAGCCUGGACAUGUUUUACAAAGAGGUACCACGGCUGUUGGUUAAUCUCGUGGAAAUCUUGCAGAUAGACACGUUGAAAUCGGUCAAGAGGAACACGCUGGGCUGCUCCCUGUUACAGAGGAACCGCUGUCCCUGUAUCGUCAACCCAACUGAAAACUCCCCGGAGCUUCAAGAGAUAAGACGAGUCAACCGCGAGUAUCAGGCUGAGAUCCAGCAUCUUAUUUCUGGAAAUCGCUAUGAUGGAAAAGAAGAUUUUGCUGUUGUCCUUCAACCCUUUUUACGGAAUUCCUUCAUUCCUUAUGUUGGAGAGGGUGAGGUUGAUUCAAGUUUCUUCUCUGUGGACUGUUUCCACAUAAGUGAGCGAGCUCAUGCUGAGAUGGCCAUUGCCCUGUGGAAUAACAUGUUGGAGCCCGUCGGCCAAAAGCAGACCUACAAUAACUUCACGUACGCUCGCUCCAAGAUUCACUGUCCCUCUAUGGCCAGUCCCUUCAUCUUCACUAAGAUCAACAGCCUGCCACCAACCACAAGUCCACCAACCACAACAGCUGCCACCUUCACCACGACUGCCACCAGCCGGUGUUCUCCCUCGCUGCCCGAGUGGGUGCCAGUGAUUGUUGGAAUUGGAGGUUUACUCGUUGGCUUUGUUAUUGCUUGGCUAGUUCUCUCCAGCUGUCAGCGUCGUAAAAGUAAAGUGGAGAAACCUGUAGAAAUGAAACGAACCCUUUUUUGAUAUAGUUGUUUUAGCCUUUAAGCAGCAUCAACCGCUUGUCUUACCACUAGAGACUCUCACACUUGUUUGGAAUAUUUCUUGACUAUUUAGAACCUGGAUAGAACCCUCACAGCCACAUGAGCAUCAAAUAGACACUUUGUUGAAUCCAGAUGUGUUGUGCAUUUAUCGUCUCCUUUUUUAUUUUUCGAUAGAAUCCCUCGAAAAUAAAUCCCUCUAAUAAAGGAAACACGGUUAUUUGACUUUUAAGACAAUAA